UCUCUCAUUUACACACCGUCUACAUUCAUUUUUGGGAUUCUUCUCAUUUUCCCAAUAUUAAAGGGGGGGAGAGAGAGAGAGAGAGUCACCGACAUUGUUUCACCGGAGACUCGCCGGAAAUGACGACGUACGGCACAAUCCCGACGUCAUCGAAGCCGGGAGGUUCGUUCGACUACCUAUCCCGCGCAAAGGAACGUGUGAGAUCUGGCUUCAGCACGCGACGGCCAUGGAAAGAGAUGAUCAACUUCCGAUCAUUGAAACUUCCGACCGGCUUCGGCGACGCAAUUGGACGGAUCAGAACGAACUUCGGCUUCUUCCGAGUGAACUACGCCAUCGUCGUCCUCCUGAUCCUCUUCCUCAGCCUCCUCUGGCACCCGAUCUCGAUGAUCGUGUUCCUCGUCAUGAUGGCCGCCUGGCUCGUCCUCUACUUCCUCCGCGACGAGCCGCUCGUGGUUUUUGGCCGCUCGAUUGACGAUCGGGUUGUGCUCAUCGUGCUCUCGGUUCUGACGAUCGUGUUUCUGUUCCUGACUCACGCGACGGAGAACAUACUGAUUGCGCUUUUGAUCGGAGUGGUGGUUGUGGUGGUUCACGCCGCCUUCAGGAAGACCGAAGACUUGUUUGGGGACGAAGAAGAAGCCGCCGGAACAACCGGCGUCCCAUCUUCUUCUUACUCUUAGUUUAUUGAAUUGUGUUCACUAAAUUUAGGGCUUUUUUUUUUUUUUUUUUUUUUUUAAAGAAAGUUUCUUUGAUUGUUUUGUACUAUUAUUAGAAUUGGUUGUUUACGUGUAUAUAUUUGAUUUGUGAUU